GCCCUUCCCCCUCCUCCCCCCCCCCCUGCCGCUCGCAGUGCAUGUUCAGUCGCUGCCUCCCGACCUCUGCGGCUCGCAGCGCGCUCCGCCUCCUCAUGCAGCCGCUGGUGGUCUUUGUGCUCGGCGGGCCCGGCGCUGGCAAGGGCACGCAGUGCGCGCGCAUCGUGGAGAAAUAUGGCUACACCCACCUCUCAGCAGGUGACCUUCUUCGAGAUGAACGAAAAAGACCAGGAUCUCAGUAUGGAGAACUCAUCGAAAAUUACAUUAAGGAGGGAGAAAUUGUACCUGUUGAGAUAACGAUCAGCUUGUUGAGGAGGGCUAUGGAUCAAACAAUGGCUGCCAAUGCCCAAAAGUACAAAUUCUUGAUUGAUGGAUUUCCCAGAAAUGAAGACAAUCUUCAAGGCUGGACUAAGACUAUGGAUGGAAAGGCAGACGUGUCUUUUGUUCUGUUUUUUGACUGCGACAAUGAGACAUGUAUUGACCGCUGCCUUGAAAGAGGAAAGAGCAGCGGUAGGAGUGAUGACAACCGAGAGAGUCUACAAAAGAGAAUUCAAACAUAUCUGCAGUCAACCAAGCCCAUAAUAGACCAAUAUGAGAAAAUGGGGAAAGUCAGAAAAGUGGAUGCCUCCAAAUCCGUUGAUGAAGUUUUUGAAAAAGUUGUGAAGAUUUUUGACAAAGAAGGCUAGUUUUCUACUUGAAAGUUCACUUGAAACUGCUUGAAUUUUGCUUUAAUAGCUGCCACUACAGUCCACUCUUUUUGUAAUUGUUUUAAAAAGUUUUUUAAAUGCUCCAUGUAUUGAAAGGUGAUUGGAAGAGGAACUAAUUGAAAAUGAAUUUGUUUUUAAAUAGGAAGUAAUUUCUUGUGGCUACUGUAUACAAAUUUCAGGGUUCUUCGCUAACUUAAGUUUGGUUACUCACAAAAUAAGGACAGUAUCCAAAUCUGUUUCUGAAAGAGGCUACCUAAUUCUUCACAGUUUUGUGCCUUUCAUGGGCAGCCCUUCCUAUUCCUUAUUGCCAUAAACCUGUUUUUUAAAACCAGUCAGCCAUGUUAAGCAGCAGAGCCCCCAUGUCUCCUUGCUUGUUUUUGGACUCUUUUUUUUUUUUGGACCAAAUGUAGAUGUCUUUUCAAGUAAAAGUUUGUAAUAGAUAUCCCUCGUAUCCCAUAGCUGGAUUCUGCAAACAGAGCUGAUAUGAGCAUGUGAAUUAGUUGUAGUAUUUCUCACAAAGCUGCUUCGGACAGCGUUAAGCAAUAGACGGGCAAAGCACUUGCGAUAAGGCGCUCUCAUACAGCUCUGGGUAUAAGCAGUAUGGUAGGUUCUUGAAUACUCGGAAAACGUGGCCCUGAGUUUUGCCUUCUUGGCAUGAAAAGGGUUAAAAGUAUCACUUCCAAGUCAGCUUAGUGUCUAUGCGCUCAUUUACUUGUGAUAACUAUGUUUUUAAUUACGGUUCAGUCUAUGGACACUGACAAACUUCCAUACAGAAAACUGUGAUAAAACAGUUCUUCUAAUUUUUCUUUUCAUGUCUUACAAAAAAAAAAAAGGGAAUUUCUGUAUUGUUUGAAUACCAUAUCAUUGAUUACUUUAAGGUUUGUUAUAUAGGGGUAGCUAUUUUUAUGAUUAAAUUUUCAGGCUUCCACUCCAGAAAUUGUAUAACUUUAAUAGCUGUUUGCUUUAAAAAAAAUUGAAUUUUUGUAUUUUGUUACAAUUUGACCAGAUAAACAUGAUCUUUGUAAAAGUUCCAUCUCCUUGAGCACAUUGGAUCCUGCUUGAUCUUGCAUUAUCUUAAAAGAGUGCAUUACUGAUGAUGGCAGCUUCAGCAGUAAUGGCUGGAAUAAACAGGUGGCUAACUGGAACAAGCCAACACAUGCUUAAGUGUUUAGAGAAUUGUUGUGUAAUUAAGCCUGUAAAUGCCACUAUUUUUUUUUUUCUCUCAACCCUUCAAUGGGCAUAGACACAAUCAUGCAUUCCUCAUGCACCCAGACGUUCAUUGAAGUAAGCCCGGAAAGUCUGAGGAUGUGUAUUUUAACUAUUUUUAGCAUUUAUUAAGGAUAUUUCUUUGGUAUAUUAACUGACACGAUGAUUGGUUUGUGAUAAACUUAGAGAAGUUACUGUGCACAGGGACACACGGUUAUGUGUUGUUGGGCUUUAAACUGUGCUUUAAAAUUCACCCUGGAAAGUCAGCAGUCAAACCUGUGCGGGCAAACUCUUUGUAUUUGCAUGGAACUUCAUUGAUUUCACUGAGGAUUGUAAGAUGGCAGGAUCAGAGUUUUGUGUUUUUUUUUUUUAUAAGUAAUGGAACAAAGCCACUCUUAUAUAAAAGAUUUUUUUUCCAACACGAUGGAUGUUUAAAAACAGUAUUAAGCACAAAUAUCAUAAAGUUUACUAAGACAGAUAAUAUGGACCAGGCUUUGUUCUUGUGAAUUUGGAAGAUUUUCACAGACUCUCUUAAAUGUGUUCACUUUAUUAAGUCCCCUUUUUAAAAGAAUUGAACUCUGCUUUUAUUGUCUAAAUAUAAUGACAUGGGAUGGGAUCAAACUGAGCUGCAGUUUUGGUAUAAAAGCGAAAAUAGAGAUGUUUCCAAAAAAGCUUCACACAGAUUGCUUUAAUCUGCUUAAUGGUUGAUCUAAAACAUUUGUUGUUACAAAAGUAAGGUAGUCUUGUAAGAGUUCUGCUGAGAAUAAAUAAUCAGUUUCCUUUCAUAUACCUGACUGUAUAUAUCUGACUAUAUAAACAUUGAAACCAAAAAAUAGCAGUUACUUUAGAGGGAGUUAAAACUUAUUUAUAAAAAAAACUUAACAUGUUGGCAAUAUUGAAUUUGAAGUGGAUUGUACUGUGUCUGUGCAACUUUAUUAGAUUUUUUUUGUAAUUUUAUUUAUUGAAGAUGCCAUUACUGUAGUACUGGUGGGGGGGGGUUCAGUUGACUUAUAGCUGAAAUUAGGGUUAAAUCAAAAAAUGUAAUAUACCAAUGUGAUGUUUCCAUAUAGCAGCAAACUAUAACGAAUUUGAGAAGUUCCAAUAAAUCUUGCUCUGUGGCUUCA